GUGUUGGGGAAGGUCACAAGUUCUGUUUUUUAGUCCGAGGACAAAACGCUUAUUUUCCUGUACCAUUCCAAAUAAUUUUUGAGGAAAUUAUGUUUCUGGCUAUUUUAAAGUUCAUCUGGCAUUGUGAAAGCCACCUUUACUUUCAAACCUGUCUCUUUCAUUAUCUUCCCCAUCAAAGAUUCCAAGAAAUCUUUGCAUCCUUGUGCUAGUAAUUUUACGUGUCAAAAAGCACUCUGUGCCACAGAAAUGUGUUUUAUUUUUCUAUCUCUUAAUGUGGGUAACCUUGAUUCGUUACCCGCCAAUCCUACUGCCUGCGUUCACAGGCUCUGAACAGCCAGCCUCGUCCGCCAGCUUUGUAUUGGUCCCUUCUUAAAAGCCGCGAGAUCGUGAACGGAGCCAUUUUUCUUUCGGGCACAUUCCGCGCGCUCUCCAGGACCCUCUGCUAACAUUUCGCUGACAUCUUAAGUCCUGGUUGUGACUUCAAGCCCAGAGCGAGGCAGCCUGGAUCAUUUUGUGUUUGGGCGGGGCAGCGUUCCCCGGCGCGCGGGGAGACCCUGGGAAGGGGGACCCUAGCCCGAAGCCCGUAUCUCCAGAGACUGUGAAGGUUGGCUUGAGAGCCUGCUUCCUCUUUAGUCUGAGCUUCUACAACUAGGUACUACUUCACGAGUGACCCUGGACAGGGACAAAACAAAUAAAAGCCCGAACCCAAACCCUGCCACCAUCAUAGGUCUGUAAUUACUCUGGACUCGGUAAGCCAUGGCAUCAAAGAAAUUUGCUGUUAAAUGUGGGAAUUUUGCCGUCCUGGUGGAUCUUCAUAUAUCACCACAAGAUUCAAACAAAGAUACCAGCUGGUUUUCUGAACAGAAGAAAGAGGAAGUCUGUUUACUGUUAAAAGAAACCAUUGAUUCAAGAGUUAAGGAGUACUUGGAAGUUCGUAAACACCACAGACCGACAAAUGCAGAAUUCACAAGAUCCAGCCCCUUGUCCUUAAAAGGUUAUGGCUUUCAAAUCACAGCCUAUUUCCUCAAGAGAGGGAUUCGCCUUCGCUGCUUUGGGGGCUCACACAGUCCUGAACUCCGUGUAUUCCCUGACAGAUUUGUGGUCUGUGUAAGUCAGCUCGUAUUCAAUCAUGAUCUUUUGGCAAAGAAGAAUGAAGAAUUGGAGACAGAAAGACCUCUCCAUGGAGCGUCUGAUUAUUUUGCUGAGUGUGCGGAGAGUCCACUUCCUCCCAGUGCAAAGCUCAAGAGAAAUGCUUUCAAAGAAAUUGUGAAAAGAGCUGAAACAAAAAGCAGCAUCUUGAGCAAAUCACAGAGCAGCAGAAACAUUGUGAGAACAUGUAGUGACUCAGUGAUUGCAGAGAAUGCAGUGAGAAGGGGUGGUACGCAGGCUUCAUCCAGUCCCCCAUCAGAGUCCAUGGGACAAGCAAAGGAUUACAUAAAGGCAGCUGGGAGCCACUGGGGGCUAACUGUUCAAAAGCUGGAAAAUGUUCAUCAGACCCAGCCAGAAGACACUAGCAGCCAGCAAAAACCUCAUCCUGGGGAGUGGUUAGACACAGGGCUUCUAAGCAGGAGCCCUGUCUGGAGCUGUGAGUCAGCAUCACCAGGUCCAAAACAAAGUCCACGAGGGGCCAGAACACAGCAGAAGCGCAGGAACUGCGGCUCUGUGGAAGACUUCGACCACCACAAGAGAGUGCCUCUUGGAAUUGAUCGAUUAGUCCCGAGAGAAAUAUUAGUAGAAAAAAGCAAAGCUGUCAGGGUUUUACCAACUUUAGAGCUGUCAGAUCCGGGGUUACUUUUGAAACAAGAUUUGGCAAAAACUGUGUCUAAUGAAGAGUUGCAUGUUUUGGAAAAACUCUCCUCCAGACAUCUUAUGAAAAAUAAGCCAGGGCAGGCAGAGCAAACCGGCUCAGCCACAAACACUGAAAGAUUAGCUCCAAUUCAGGGCAGCCCAACCAAGAAAAGGAAGAAGUACGAAAGAGGCCACUAACUUACUAAAGAGGAUUGCAAAGUUGUGGUUGAGUAUAUAGUGGCCAAACCUGUGAAAAAUGAGAAGUGUGUAUAGAUGCUGUGAUUUCAAAGGAAUUAGAAUGAUUAUUUUAAAUAGAAAAUAUAUAUCCGUGUUAGGGUUAGCUUUCAAAGCGGUCAACUCCAGGAGCCUAUAUGCUUAUCCUAACAACAUUGCUACUUUCUCAUCAUACUUUAUAAUUGUCUUCAGAAAAUUGUUUUAAUGAUAAACAUCCAAUCACAUUAUCAGGGAUAGCACCGUUCAUGAAGAACUAUAAGAAGAAACCGACCAUGUGCCUCCUUGUACAGACCAUGCGUUGGGCAACACAAAGACAGUGCCACAGUUCAGUUCUAGGGGUAUGAUUUAUCCCGCCCCUCAGUCUGACGAGGGCAGCAGUAAAGGAACAGGCCAGCGGUUCUCAGCAUCUAGUCCUACACCGACAUCAUUGUUUGAAAAUGUGUUAAAAAUGCCUAUCUUGGGCCUCACACUAGAUCUACUGAAUGAGAAACUGGGUGAUUCUAAAACAUGCUCAAGUUCAAGAACUACCAUCGAAUUGGAGACUCCUUGGUGUUUAUUUCCUCCGGCCUGGCUACCCGUGACCUCCAGUUCAUCAGCUUGGGCCCUCAUGUGGACACGUGCAUCUUUCUGCCCCCUCAAACUUGUAAAGCACCUGGGUUUAGUGUAUGAGUCACUCUGUUCUCAGGUUCUUAAGGGUGACAGCCAUAGCACCCAGUGAACUGUUACGUACCCUAUGAAUUGCAAGACGUUUGCAUAUAGUUUGGCCCAGCAUUAGGGGAAGACAUGGGAGACGCUUGUUCUUGUUUGUAGUUCCUGUCCUUGUCCUCACCUUUAAGAUUUUGGUUAGGUUCAAGACUGACCAGAACCCAAGGGGAGCUCAGUGGCUGGAGUUUCCAGUUUCCCAUUUGGAAGUCUUCACAGGCAGUUAAAGUUUCAAAACAGGAGCCUAGUUUUACAAUAUCACCCACUAAUGUCUCUAGUGGGCUUGCUGAAAUGUUAUGUAGUGAAUCAUCGCAAUGACUUAUUUUGGAUAGACACCUACUGAGGACUUUCUUAACUCAAUUUCAUUCUAAAAUAAGGAAGAAACCAUCUUCAAAGGCAGCCCAUCAAAUAUAUCUUUUUUUCUGCUCAACACUGGGUGGUCCUUUGAAGUAGCGCCUCCCUAGUAACAAGGAAAAUCAAAUAUAUUCCCAAAAGUGUUGGAGUUAGCAGAAAAAAUAAUCCAGAAAAAGCCCAACGAAAUAACAGAAUAUGGAAACAGUGUAAGUUUAUGCUUAAGACUAAUUAGUGGUUUGUCCCAGCUCAUUCUGUCUUUCCCCGUGUCUUCUCUCCCCAUUUGUGUUGUAGGGUAAGACUCAUUAAGAAGCAACCAUAUUUCGUGGCAUCAUUUUAGGUCAUGAAAUUCAGUCUUGGUCACCACACCUGGCCAUGGAUAUAGAUGCUUUUCCUUUGAUGAUCCAAACCUUGCCUGGAAGCCUGACCCUUCUUGUGGUCCCAGCCUGACCACCCUUAACAGGAACAUGGCUCUGCUCACUGGUAUCUUUUCCUCUUCCCUCCCAGCUUUUUUCUUGCUCCCAGCUGAUUCCAGUCAAAGGAUUCUACAGGAUAAGAGGGAGCCCAACAGAAUGCAAAACGCAGUGGAGCAGAUCCUUUUCAUCCAGUAUGGGUGGACUGUACAGAAUAGAAACCUAAGGAAAUGGU